GCGGUGAGAUUACGCGCAGACACCGGCUGAUUCUGUGUGAAGUGAUUCUUGUGUUUGGUCACUGAUGUUCAGCGCUGCGUUUCUCAAAAGAAUCGUGAGCCCAAGUUGUUCAUUGCCACCAGUGUUGACGAUGCUUUUGGGAAACGUGUUACAUCAGACAUUUUGUAAUUGUUUGGAGUGCUGCGAUGGGUCGAAUCUUCCUGGAUCACAUUGGAGGGACGCGUCUGUUCUCCUGCGCCAACUGUGACACGAUUCUGACCAACCGCUCCGAGCUCAUCUCCACACGCUUCACUGGAGCCACCGGACGGGCCUUCCUCUUCAACAAGGUGGUGAACUUGCAGUACAGCGAGGUGCAGGACCGUGUGAUGCUGACCGGCAGACACAUAGUGAGAGACGUCAGCUGUAAGAACUGCAACAGUAAGCUGGGCUGGAUCUACGAGUUCGCCACCGAGGACAGCCAGCGCUACAAGGAGGGCCGCGUGAUCCUGGAGCGGGCGCUGGUGCGGGAGAGCGAGGGCUUCGAGGAGCAUGUGCCGUCUGACACCUCCUGAUCCACGGACACACGUCACAGUGACCCUCCCCAGCCGGCCUUACGAGCUCCGGCCCUGAACACUGGGAUCAGAAACGCUGAGGAGACACCUGGACGUUUCACAGCAGCUCCUCAAUGCCUGCGCCGCAGAGACCCGUGACACGCUGGAGCGCUUCCACACGUCAUACUGCAGCCUUUCCACAAGAUGGAGCCGUUGAGUGUCACAUACACACACGCUGCAGAGUUAUUAUAUACACAGUCCCUCAUGUCAUGUGCACCGCUCCACAAUUAUAAUCUAAAACCAUAAAAAAUAUUUUUGUUAAUUAAAAUAAAAAUAAACUGAAAAAAGUGUAAAAAACUUAUUUUACUUCAAGUUGCCAAAGAAAACUUUUCUCAUUUUUAUUUAGCUAAAUAACUAAAAUGGAAGAAAAAACUUUAGACAUUUAAAAAAGACAGAAAUGCACAACAAAAUAAUUUUAACUAAAAUGAAAAUGAAAAAUAUUUACGUAAAAAACAAUUUCAAAAUAUUAAUAAAAACUAUAAUGCCAUAUUUUUAUCAUAUAACUGAGCCAGACGCCUGACUGAGGUUUUGCACAUUUCACUUCAUAGUUCAGCAGAUUUUCUUUUCUUCUUUAGUAAAUAUAUUCUCUUUAUUGAUUUGAUCUCAAUAAACUUGUUUUAAUGCUGAUUUAGUGUUAGUGCCUCUUCAUUUAAUCAAGUAAUGUGCAGAUCACACCUGAAUUACUUACAGCCGGACAUCUGCCAAUCCUGUUUUGAUCUCAAAAUUAUUUUUGUGAGAAAAUACAAAAUAUCCAUUAAAGAAAAAACUCUAUUCAUUUGUAAGUAAUUUGUAAGUAUUUAUUUUGCACAAAUGAACUGUUUAAAAAAUAAAUUCAGGAAUAAAUGAUGAAGAAUAUAA